AUGUUGUCUUCGCAGUCAGGGCCGGAUAUUCACAGCCGUCGCCAAUCCACAGAGACGUUCGGCUCGGACUAUGACAACCUGUCGGGGCUGCCGCAAGAUGGAGGAAAUGGGCCAUUGAGCGAGCGGGCGCAUGAACCAAUCUCAUUUAAGCGUAAACAGAAAAAGCAGCGUUCGAAAUUCAGCUUGUCGAAUCUAUUCUCCAACGACGCAUCCGAAUCGACCCCUGGAGGCAGCGCAUUUGGCCGCAAUGGACAACCACCAGAGGAAGCAUCAAACGCGCAUACUAUUACCGGUGGGAAUUUGAACACACACAAAGAAGGGGCUCCGAUGGACUGGUAUGUGGAAGGUCCAGGACGACGUGUUGGCUACGAUGACCUUACCGCGAUCGACUGGAUCUUCGAGUAUACGAAAGAACGCCAAAGGAAAAGGCUGCUAUACUCUGGUGGACAAGGGAUUGUGGGGUAUGCGCGCAGGUUGCUUGAUGCUGGAAAUGUCUGGCUCGUGUUGAUAGCCACGGGUGUCGCAGUGGGAAUCAUUGCAGCAUUCAUUGAUGUCGCAGGCGACUGGUUAGCCGACAUCAAAACAGGAUAUUGCAAGAAUGGACCAGGAGGCGGGAAGUUUUAUCUCAACCGCGCAUUCUGUUGCUGGGGUCACGAUGACAUAUCCAAAUGUCUAGAUUGGACACCUUGGAGCAAAGCUUUAAAUGUCAACUCUAAAGGCGGCGGUUUCACAGUUGAAUACAUUUUCUAUAUCUUCUAUUCGAUCAUCUUUGCAAUUUGCGCCACCGUUCUGGUGCGAUGUUAUGCCAUCUAUGCAAGACACAGUGGAAUUCCGGAAAUUAAGACAGUGCUCGGUGGUUUUGUGAUGAAACAGUUCAUGGGCCCUUGGACGCUGGCAAUCAAGUCUCUAGGACUGUGUCUUUCUGUCGCAUCCGGUCUCUGGCUGGGAAAAGAAGGCCCGCUUGUCCAUGUUGCAUGCUGCUGUGCCAACAUUAUCAUGCGACCAUUCGAAAACCUGAGCAACAAUGAAGCGAGAAAACGCGAAGUCCUUUCGGCCGCAGCGGCCGCAGGCAUAUCCGUUGCUUUUGGUGCUCCUAUUGGUGGUGUGCUCUUCAGUCUGGAGCAAUUGUCUUAUUAUUUCCCAGACAAGACCAUGUGGCAGAGUUUUGUCUGUGCAAUGGUAGCCGCAGUAACUUUACAAGCACUCAACCCGUUCCGAACUGGAAAUAUCGUCCUUUACCAGGUCACUUACACGCGAGGAUGGCAUCGUUUCGAGAUCAUCCCGUUCGUUAUUUUGGGCAUCGUCGGUGGUCUAUAUGGAGCCUUUCUUAUCCGGCUUAACUUGAAAAUCGCGAAAUGGCGAAGAUCUCGGAGCACUGCUCGUCCCGUUUUAGAAGUCAUCAUAGUCACUCUUCUGACUGCUCUUAUCAACUUCCCCAAUCUCUUCAUGCGGGCUCAAAACUCUGAGCUCGUUCAAUCAUUAUUUGCAGAAUGCGGCACGGACACGGAAGAUCCGUUUGGUCUCUGCGCACCUGGCGCGGUGUCAAUGGCCACGAUAGCCUUCUUGCUAAUGGCAGCGGUUCUCGGGUUUUUCCUUGCGACGAUGACUUUCGGAUUGGAUGUGCCCGCGGGUAUCAUUCUACCUUCUUUUGCGAUUGGUUCCCUUUACGGACGUGCUUUGGGGACAGCUUUCAAGAUGUGGCAAGAGUCAUAUCCAGAUUUCUUCCUGUUCGGCAACUGUGAACCAGAUGUCCCAUGCGUGACACCAGGGAUUUAUGCAAUUAUUGGUGCAGCCGCUGCCUUGGGUGGUGCCACGAGAAUGACCAUAUCCAUAGUUGUCAUCAUGUUCGAACUGACGGGUGCCUUGACCUAUGUGAUCCCAAUCAUGAUUGCGGUCAUGCUCUCCAAGUGGUGCGGCGAUAUCUUCGGGAAGCGUGGGAUCUAUGAGUCGUGGAUUCAUCUGAAUGAAUACCCCUUCCUCGACCAUCGUGAUGACACGACUCCUCCAGAUGUACCCGCCCAUAAGGUCAUGACUAUCGUUGAUGAUAUCACAGUCAUUGUGGCCAUCGGUCACACAAUUGAUACCCUCCGUAACGUUCUCGCGACAACACAAUACCGCGGGUUCCCUGUCGUUACAGAUACAUCGAAUCCUGUUCUGCUGGGUUAUAUCUCAAGGAACGAGCUCUCAUUCGCUCUGAAACACUCAAAAAAGACUAACCGCAGCUUAUCCGGUGAAACACAAGUCUUCUUCGCACACCAACCCUUCGCAGACCCAGCAGAGACUCUUGACCUGCGACCAUGGAUGGACCAAACACCAAUCACGCUCAAUAGUCAUACGACCUUCUUGAUUGUCCUGCAGAUGUUCCAGAGACUCGGCCUGCGCUAUGUUCUGUUCUCCAACAAGGGUAUACUACAGGGCUUGCUUACGAAGAAAGAUGUCUGGGCUGUCCUUAACGGAGCGGAAUCCCACCAGGACAAGGGUUACGCAGAAAUCCAGCCGACCACCGCUGAAGAGGUUGGUUUACUUGGGAGUGAUGAUGGGAAUAGCCUUGCUAGUUCUUUGGAGAGGCGGCCGUCAUUAUAG